GUAUCUUAUGUAUUGAUUCUUAAGUACUGUAUAUUAUAUAUGCAAUGGUAGAGAGAGAGAGAGUAGUGAUAAGUUUUAGGAUAUCAUUAAGUUAGUGAAAUCCUUAACACCACCGACGCUAAUGAUUAAACCCCAACAAGUGAGAGAAAAAGAAAGAAAAGUUGAAUAAACAAACAAGAAACAAAAGAAGAAAAGUGAGUAGCAACUACAACUACUACUCCUAUAAUUGCUUUAGAAAAGGAUCCCAAUGUUGCACCCCCACCAACCGCCAUUGCUUCACCUUCAAGCCUCUUAUCCACUCAUCUCUCACUUCUUAUAAUAAAUAGAUCCAUGGAAUUCAAUAUCAAUAAUAAAAGAAAAGCUUCCGUUGCUGCAGGCUCUGUGUGGGAAACCAGAAUGAAGAAUGAUCAAGUUAAAGGUGGAAUCAAAGUCUUCAAAGAAGAAGAACCAAAUGCUGUUACUUCUAAUUCUAGAGUUAAAAGAGCCUCAAUUGUGCCCAGAAAAACUUGGACUCCAGUUCAAAAGAAUUCAGAGGAACAACAGAGAAGCCCAAUUCAAUCAAGAAAGCUAAGAUCUGAUACACACAAGGCUGGUGAAGCAGGGCAAUUCAGGAAGAUCAAAUCAGAUCCGAUCAAGAAGAAUUCAACUUCUACUGAUUCAAUUCAAUUGAGUAAGUCCAAAUCCGAUUUGGAUCAAGUUCAUGAAAGCAAUGUUGAUGAAUUGAGUGGUGGUGGUGGUGGUGAGUCUGAGAAGAUUGAAACUGAGAAGAAACAAGAGAAUGUUGAAAAUUGUCAAGAGAAAGAGAUGUCACCUGAAAAUUUGGUUCAUGUUGGUAAUGACGAGGAGAUUGAGAUUGAAACGGAGAGCUUUGAUGUCAAGGAAAUUAGUAUUCCAGAAAAGGAUAAGGUUGUUGUGAAUGAAGUAGAACCAGAACCAGAACCAGAAAAGGAUAAGGUUGUUGUGAAUGAAGCAGAACCAGAACCAGAACCAGAACCAGAAACAAAAAAGGUUGUCAAUGCAAACAUGCGAUUUCAUCACAAAAAUGAAACAAGACCGAUUUCUGUACCUCUUGUAGUCAAGCAAUCCCCUACAAUUAGAAGGAAUUCAGCAAUUUACCGAAAUUCGAGUUCAGUUCCAAAGGAAAAAGAACAUCGUAGCAUUCCACAAACCCAAAGCAAGUUGCAGAGUCUAGUGGAUUUGAUAAUGUGGAAAGAUGUUUCAAGAUCAGCUUUUGUGUUUGGGGUUGGAACAUUCUUUAUAGUCUCAUCUUCUUAUGCAAAGGAUCUUAAUUUGAGUGUUAUUUCUGCAAUGUCCUAUGUAGGUCUUGUCUAUCUUGCAGUUAUCUUUCUGUAUAGAUCCCUAAUUUGCAGGGGAGUCAUAGAUGUACAAGAUUCAGAUUAUGUAGUAGGAGAAAAAGAUGCAAUUUGGAUGCUGCAGUUGGUCCUACCUUAUUUGAAUGAAUUCUUGUCCAAACUCAAAGCACUUUUCUCUGGAGAUCCUGGUACAACAAUGAAGUUAGCAAUUUUGCUGUUUGUUUUGGCUAGAUGUGGCAGUUUCAUAACUAUUUGGAAGAUGGCCAAAUUCGGGUUCUUUGGAGUUUUUAUCGUACCAAAAAUCUGCUCUUCGUAUUCAGCACAGUUAACUGCAUAUGCAAAUUUUUGGGUUCGUCGAUUUCGGGAUGCAUGGGAUUCAUGCACUCACAAGAAAGCCGUGGCUCUUGGCAUCUUCGGUCUUGUAUGGAAUUUGUCAUCGGUUGUUGCUCGCAUUUGGGCAGUGUUCGUGUUAUUUGUGGCAUUCAGAUACUAUCAACAACACUAUAUGGUGAGGGAUGAAUGUGUGGAAGAUGAGACAGAAUGUGAGGAAACAUGGGAACAACCCAAUAAACUAAAGAAAGGAUUCUAAAAGGAUGCUAUUAGUGGUACCUAUAGCAAGCUACUGCUACCACGUUUACUCUUUUUCUUCCAAGUUUCCUCCUUUUCUUUAUAUUUAUAUAUUUAUAGUUAUAGUUUUAAGGUUGUAAAUUUUGUUUACUUGAUAAAUCCAUUGGGGUUCAAUAGCAAAUGGGAAUAAUAAGCUUGGAUGCUCAUGUUAUGUAAUUAGCAUUUAGUUAUAGCUAUAGAAAUUUGUUUUCAUUAAUUCUCAUCA